CACGCCCCUCACCUCCACUCCAAACAUUACAACACAAUCUACAAUUCCCACCAUCCACAGUACAUCCACUAUCCCUCCAACACACACCACUACCCUAACCUUCAGUACUGUUGUAGACAAUACCACAUAUACGCUUCACUCCACAUCUAUAAACUCAACCUCAACACCCUUUAACAACACAAUGCACCCUAGCACCAAUGAAACCCAGUCACCAGAGAACAUGGCAAUCACUGGCGGUGCAAUCACUGCAGCCCCCAACGACACCAACACCACCAGCAGUAGCACACCCAAUGACACGUCAACAUCAAUGCACAACACGGUCAAUAGUAUCUCCACUGUCAGCUCUAGUAUUUCGACCGUAAGCUCCAUUUCAACAGAUUCACCCACUAAAGCUCCUGCCGUGGUUCCUGACUGGGGCAUCGCUCUGUUAGUGUUGGCAGCCAUAAGUCUCCUACUUCUCAUCAUUCUUCUGAUCAUUCUGCUGGUGAUGUGCUGCUGUAAGAAGAACCGAAGAACUUUUGUGAAAGAAUCAGAAGCGAUAACUCCAACCAUGUACUUCAAUCCAGACAUCCCCAUGUACUCAACACACAGCAUCAUUGAAUCAGCCAAUGGCAAACAAGUGGACGUCAGAGAAAAACCUCCAGCAAAUCGGACAGGAAUGUACGUGGUGAACAAGUAAAGGACACUGGAGACCUGACCCACCCCACCACUACUCCAAUGUGUGAUAAGCAAGGCAUAACUGCGAAAAUCUCUAAAGGACGAUCUAUGACCAGGGAUAUGACUAUUCAUGCCAUUUUAUUACACUUAGGCCUACUAGAAAUUAUUUUCUGAACAAAACCUCAGUUUACUUUGUUACUGUAUACGUUUAUUGUUGUUGUUGUUUUAACAUGGAUGAAUAAUAGAUGUGUGCUGUAUUAUUAAUGGUUUGGCGAAAUUAAAAUGAUUUCCGAAUUGCAGUGGACGUAUAGUUUUAAAGCAACACUAAAGAACUCUGGCUCUUUGCUCCCCCUACAGGUUAGAAGCGUAAUUGUUCAUUACCACUGUCAUAAAUACUGAGGCAUAGCUGGCUCUGAUUGGAUUGUAGGUCUGCCGUAAAGCAAGUUUUUGUAGUAUUCACUCGGACUACAGGACCACUACCCGACGUUUGGAAACUUCUUUAGUGCGGUUUUGGUCGAUAGAGGGCUGCAAAGCGAAUGUGAAAGUGCUGUUCACCCUGUUUAGAGUGGAUGAACGACUGAAACUGUUUUGGAAGCGUUAUUUUAAGGUAAAAAAAACUCUUUGGUGUUGCUUUAAAAAAGCCAUUUUGUUGUUCAAUAAAAUCAUGUGAAAAAAUAUUGUAUAUGAAUUAGUUCAAAGCAAAAUUGAAGUAUGUAAUUCGUUCAAUUCUGUA